UUGCACUGGUUCGCUCUCUGCUCUUCCUCUCCCCUUUCCUUUUUUUUUUUUUUUUUUUUUCUUCCGGGGAUGGUGACUUGGUAGCUGAGUAGCUUUUUAGUGACAUCCAGAAAACCCUUCCCAGGCAAGCAAUGGCUUAGAGGAGAGGGAAGGAGGCAGGAGGAGAAGAAGAAGGAGAAGGAGAAGAUGAGUUUCCACAAGGAGGAUGGUGUGGGGAGCCUGUGUCACAAGGCGCUGCAGAUCAUCUCAGAGCUGUGCCUGGGGGGCCAGGUGGAGCGGGAGAAAUGUUCAGGCAUCUUCUUCCCCUUGGAGACCACCAAGCAAGGUAUAGGCAGCACAGACAUCUCAGUCAGUCUGCUAGCAGUAGUCGUCAGCUUCUGUGGGCUUGCCUUGCUGGUAGUCUCGCUAUUUGUCUUUUGGAAGUUGUGUUGGCCAUGUUGGAGAAGCAAACCUCUUAUUUCUAAUACCAGUAAUAUCCCUCAAAGCACCUGUAGUGCUCCCGCUGAGGUCUUUGAAACCAACGAGAAAAAGGAAAUUAAAGAAAAUGGGAAACCUUCAGUGAAGGUACUUGAGGCUGCAAUGAAAAUUAGCCACACUUCACCUGAUAUUCCAGCAGAAGUCCAGAAUGCAUUGAAAGAACAUCUAAUUAAACAUGCACGCAUGCAGAGACAGAUCACUGAGCCUGCAUCCUCAUCAAGGCAUAAUUCUUUCAGGAGGCACUUGCCAAGGCAGAUGCAAGUGUCCAGUGUUGAUUUUAACAUGGGGACAGAUCCGAUUUUACAACGGGGUGAGACGACAACCAGCAUUGGGCGAAUAAAACCAGAACUCUAUAAACAGAAGUCUGUUGAUUCAGAAGACAAGCAAGAAGAUGUGAAAAUCUGUGGGAAACUUAACUUUGCUCUCCGGUAUGAUUAUGAAAAUGAACUCCUUGUUGUUACCAUUGUCAAAGCCUUAGAUCUACCUGCUAAAGACUUUACAGGAACCUCAGAUCCGUACGUUAAGAUUUACCUUCUCCCAGACAGGAAAAAGAAGUUUCAGACACGGGUUCACAGAAAGACUUUAAAUCCUGUCUUUGAUGAAACCUUUCAGUUUCCUGUAGCCUAUGAUCAGCUCAGCAACAGGAAAUUGCAUUUCAGUGUAUAUGAUUUUGACAGAUUUUCUAGACAUGACAUGAUUGGGGAAGUUAUUCUUGAUAACUUUUUUGAAGUCUCUGAUCUCUCCAGGGAAGCCACUGUGUGGAAAGACAUCCACUGUGCCACCACAGAAAGCAUAGAUUUGGGUGAAAUCAUGUUUUCCCUUUGCUAUUUACCUACUGCCGGGCGAAUGACAUUAACAGUAAUCAAAUGUAGAAAUCUCAAAGCCAUGGAUGUAACUGGCGCUUCAGAUCCGUAUGUCAAAGUCUCAUUGAUGUGUGAGGGUCGAAGGCUAAAAAAGCGGAAAACAACUACAAAAAAAAACACACUUAACCCAGUUUAUAAUGAGGCUAUCAUCUUCGAUAUCCCUCCAGAGAAUGUGGACCAGGUCAGCCUCUCCAUUGCUGUGAUGGACUACGAUCGAGUAGGACACAAUGAGGUGAUCGGGGUGUGUAGGACAGGACUUGAUGCUGAAGGACUUGGAAGAGAUCACUGGAAUGAAAUGCUGGCUUACCCCCGUAAACCUAUUACUCAUUGGCAUCCAUUGGUAGAGUUACCUGGCCAGGCAACCAGUUUUGAUAGCCAGGGGUCUUGUUCAUCACCAAAACCACCACCUACACCCUAGGGCACAAGAAUGGAUUCAUCACAUCCAGUGUCCAAGCUCCAUGUCCAUCACACCUACAUUAACAGAAGGUUUGGCUUCCUCAGAUGAACUGUAUCCAUAUUUUUGUAUUAAAAUAGAUUUUCUUCCUGUUCUAAGUCUUAUAUUACAGUUUAUAAUAAUUUCUUAAGAAUGAAUUUCACUUGAGCCAAAAUACUCCUUCCUUAUGCAAAGAUAUUCAUUUUUCUCUCUGUCAUAAAGGAUUGUUUUGAUACAACCUAUUUCUUUGCAGAUGGAAGGAAAUCAGAGAAAAAAAUACAUAUAUACUAGCACUUGAAAACAAAUGGAGCUUCUUAUGCUAUUCCUUUUAAGGUAGCAAAAUUGUCAUAUACAGCACUUACUUUGUAACUUGCCUCUAAAUUAUAAAUUUUGCACUAAAUCGUAUAUGACCAUUAAAGAAAACCUUUACAGCUUUUGAUGUACUAGAAAAAGAUAAUUCUAACAACAUAAUGUCCAGUUUCUCUAUGAUUGUCUUGAAUGUUACUUUGCUCACUGUAGGCCUGCACCAGAGCCCACUGAAGUCAAUGGAAAGGAUCCUAUUGAAUUCAUUUGGUUUUAGUUCAGGUCCUAUGGACCAUAUCCUGCAAAUGAAUGCAUGCAAUUGAACCCUUACAACAAUCCUACUGACAUUAUGGAGACAACUAUGCAGUAUUUGAUAUCCAAGCUAUUUUGACUGGAUGCCUUGUUCGCAUGGGAUUGGUUCUGUUCUGUUCCUAUGAAUUCAAUAUGACUGGAUGAGUGUUUUUCUUAGAAUCAGGCUUCCAGUGAAAAUACUUGUGAUUAUGAAUUUGAAAUUUGCCUUCUGUCAAUAUAGUGAGGUAAAAACUUAAAUGUUACUACUUCAUAGAACAUUCCUGCUAGUAAACUCAAGAAUAUUCAAGGAAAGAAAAUACAAAAUGAGCAUCAGUUAAAGCUAGUUGGUUAAAAAACUGAAUAAAUACUAGCACGUUACUUUGCAGUAUUGAGCCAAGUCUCAAUAAAACUCCAGUUUAGCUCAGUGAGAGAAUUUGUACUAAGUACAGACAGAGAAAAGGCUGCAGGACUGGGCCCUGGGCUUUUAAAGGUGAGCUGCAAUAGGAAAAUUAAUUAGGGGUGUUCCCUUUUUUUUGUUUGUUUGUUUGCUUGCUUCUUUUUGACAUAUAAAGAAAGCCAGAAAGGUUUUAGUUUAAAAACAAUCCAAAAACAUUUUAAAAUUAGAAAUGUAUGUCCUGUUUAUGCAGAAAAACUCUGUAAUGAUGGGAGAACUACCAAAUUCUGACAUGACAGGAGUCAAGAGAAUGAAAAUUGAGAGGAGGGGAUUUUUACUCAGACUUAAAAAAAUCUUUUGGGUUUGGUUGGCUUUGUUAAUACCUAUUUUAUUUCAGUGACUAACAUUUUGGAUAAAUGAUUUAUUUAUAAAAAUCCAUCACCUCCAGCUUUUUAAUUAAGAUGUGAUAGCUCCCAGUAAACAUGCUCUGACUGAGAUGUCUAUCAUUUCUUCCAGAAAAACCACGGAAAGCUAGUCUUGACAUUCUAGUAAAACGAAACAUAAAAUAACUACAUACAUAAACACACAGGCCUUCUUUAUAUAUUACUGAAAACAAAAACAAAAAAAAGGGAUCAAUGUUUGAAAAAUUUCUUUGCAAGUCAUCUUUGCUGAAUCCUAUAGAAACUGUUUCCUUCUAGAGAUUUGGUCCUCUUGUCCCAUGGUAUUUUAACCCUCAAGAUUGUAUUUUAAUAAAUAAAUAUAUAUACAUACAGCCUUGCAAAUUUUUACUCAUCCACUUGCCCUGGGCGAGUAAAUUUUUUAAACAGGGGAGUAAACUGUAAUUUGGUUUUCAUCACCAUCAUCAUCAUGAGAUUUUGUGCCUGGGCUUGUAAAUUUUCGUGAUAGUUUUGCAAGGCUAAUAUAGAGACAUACUUAUAUAUCUGGAGAUUCAAAAACUAUUUUGAGUAUACAUUUAUCUUAAUAUAAAGUAUUAUAGGAAAUGGGGUUU